AUCGUCCAGUCGGCAGUGAGGAAUGUGGAGUGUCAUAACCUUGGCCAGAGCGUGGUAGGGGACUGGACUGGAAACCUGGUCUCUGGGUCUUGUGCAUCCCUUGCCCUGUGCCUUCAGAGGCUCCCAGCUCUGCUUGGCUCUCCAGUUCCUUCACCAGCCCUGGCUCAAUUGGUCUGUUGUCUUCCUCCUGCUCCUUGCGUGUGCCUGGCCCUGAUCUUGGCGGCACUGUAAGCUUUGGCUAAGUUGUGGCUUCCAGUUGUUCGAAGCAGCUGUGGUGGCUUCCUUCAAGAGUGACUGUGGAUCCACAACAGAUGAAGCCCCAGGGGCUAUUUAUAGUAGGGUGGCCCUGAGGCUUGGAGCCAGGCCCAGGGCCUGAGGAGAGUCAGGGCCUCCUCAUCAGAGACCAUUGCAAUGGGAUAGAUGAAGUGUUGGCUUUCUGUGUGCUUUGGGGUGGGGAGUUUUGGAACAGCCUGGUUUAGGGUUUUGAAAACCAAACACCCUUGUUCCCCGCCUCCCCUGCCCUAGCCUGACUCAUGCAACCCUGAGUCCUCCUAGGGCCAGAAAUGCUGAGAGACUGAGAAUCAUUCCUCUGGACAGCGCUGUUUAGCUCCUCCUUGCACUGUGGGUUCUACUGGGCUCUGAGCAGCCCCACAGUGGCAGGGUGGACACCCCUCCUGCAGCCAGGGGCUCUGACUCUGCACUCCAUUGGGAACUGGACCUUAGAGCCCAACACCCUGGAUACUGGGUUCAGUACCCUCCACUUAGGCUCUAUGACCAAGUCCAGGUCAGAGUUUGAGUCCUGCUGCAUCAUCAACCUCCUAGGGAUUCAGGGGGCUCCAUGAGAGUUUCUCCAAGCAUACAGCCACAGCCACAGCCACAGCCACAGCCUAUCAGUCUCUCUAGAAACCUGAGUGUGAGCCGAGCCAUGGAAGACAGCUGUGAGCUGGACCUGGUGUAUAUCACCGAACGCAUCAUCGCCGUGUCCUUCCCCAGCACAGCUAAUGAGGAGAACUUCCGCAGCAACCUCCGUGAAGUGGCUCAGAUGCUGAAGUCCAAGCAUGGGGGCAACUACCUGCUAUUCAACCUCUCUGAGCAGAGGCCUGACAUCACAAAGCUCCAUGCUAAGGUCCUGGAAUUUGGCUGGCCUGACCUGCACACACCAGCUCUGGAGAAGAUAUGCAGUGUCUGUAAGGCCAUGGACACCUGGCUCAAUGCAGACCCCCACAAUGUCGUCGUUCUCCACAACAAGGGAAACCGAGGAAGGAUUGGGGUCGUCAUUGCAGCAUAUAUGCACUACAGCAACAUUUCAGCCAGUGCUGACCAGGCUCUUGACAGGUUUGCAAUGAAGAGAUUCUAUGAGGACAAGAUCGUGCCCAUUGGCCAGCCAUCCCAGAGGAGAUAUGUGCACUACUUCAGCGGCCUGCUCUCCGGCUCCAUCAAAAUGAACAACAAGCCUUUGUUUCUGCACCAUGUUAUCAUGCACGGCAUCCCCAACUUUGAGUCUAAAGGAGGGUGCCGGCCCUUUCUUCGCAUCUACCAAGCCAUGCAACCUGUGUACACAUCUGGCAUUUACAACAUCCCUGGAGACAGCCAGGCCAGCAUCUGUAUCACCAUCGAACCAGGGCUGCUCCUGAAAGGAGACAUCUUGCUGAAGUGUUAUCAUAAGAAGUUCCGGAGCCCGGCUCGAGACGUCAUCUUCCGAGUGCAGUUCCACACCUGUGCCAUCCAUGACUUGGGGGUCGUUUUUGGGAAGGAAGAUCUGGAUGAGGCCUUCAAAGAUGAUCGAUUUCCUGACUAUGGCAAAGUGGAGUUUGUCUUUUCCUAUGGACCAGAGAAAAUCCAAGGCAUGGAGCACCUGGAGAACGGGCCCAGUGUAUCUGUAGACUAUAACACUUCCGACCCCCUCAUCCGAUGGGAUUCCUAUGACAACUUCAAUGGGCAUCGUGAGGAUGGCAUGGAAGAAGUGGUGGGACACACCCAAGGGCCGCUGGAUGGGAGCCUGUAUGCCAAAGUGAAGAAGAAGGACUCCCUGAAUGGCAGUUCGGGGCCUAUCACCACCGCAAGGCCUGCCCUGUCAGCCACUCCCAACCAUGUGGAACACACACUGUCUGUGAGCAGCGACUCCGGCAACUCCACAGCCUCCACUAAGACAGACAAGACUGACGAGCCAGUCUCUGGGGCUGCCAUUGCCCCUGCUGCCCUGAGUCCUCAGGAGAAGAAAGAGCUGGAUCGCCUACUAAGUGGCUUCGGUGUAGAUAGAGAGAAGCAAGGUGCCAUGUACCGGGCUCAGCAACUCAGAUCCCACCCAGGCGGGGGCCCGACUGUGUCCUCCCCUGGCCGCCACAUUGUCCCAGCUCAGGUUCAUGUCAAUGGUGGGGCCCUGGCAUCUGAGCGGGAGACGGACAUUCUGGAUGAUGAGCUGCCCAUCCAGGAUGGGCAGAGUGGGGGCAGCAUGGGAACGCUGUCUUCCCUGGAUGGGGUCACCAACACCAGCGAAGGUGGCUACCCAGAGACCCUGUCCCCACUGACCAAUGGUCUGGACAAACCCUAUCCCACAGAACCUAUUCUCAACGGGGGAGGCUACCCCUAUGAGUCUGCCAACCGGGUGGUACCUGUUCAUAGCAGUCACUCGGCUCCCAUUCGACCCUCCUACUCUGCUCAGGAGGGUUUAGGUGGCUACCAGCGUGAGGGACCCCACCCGGCCUGGUCAAAACAAGUGACCAGCGCUCACCGUGGCUAUGACCCCAGUGGUCUAUUCCGAUCCCAGUCCUUUCCAGAUGUGGAGCCUCAGCUGCCCCAAGCUCCAGCCCGUGGGGGCAGCAGCCGAGAGGCUGUGCAGAGGGGCCUGAAUUCAUGGCAGCAGCAGCAGCAGCAGCAGCAGCAGCAGCAGCAGCAGCAGCAGCAGCAGCAGCAGCAGCAGCCCCACCCACCUCCCCGCCAGCAGGAGCGAUCCCCACUGCAGAGUCUAGCCUGCAGCAAGCCUAGCCCCCAUCUGUCAGCAGAGACCCCCAUACCAGCUCUCCCAGAGUUCCCAAGGGCAGCCUCCCAGCAGGAGAUUGAGCAGUCCAUCGAAACUCUCAAUAUGUUGAUGCUGGACUUGGAGCCAGCCUCAGCUGCUGCCCCUCUUCAUAAGUCCCAGAGUGUCCCUGGGGCCUGGCCAGGGGCUUCCCCACUCUCUUCCCAGCCCCUCUUGGGGUCUUCCUGCCAGUCCCACCCACUGACCCAGUCCAGAUCUGGCUAUAUCCCCAGUGGGGACACCCUGGGAGCCCCGGAGCUGCUCUCUUCUGGAAGGUCUUACUCACCUUACGAUUAUCAGCUGCAUCCAGCUGCAUCCAACCAGAGUUUCCGGCCAAAAAGUCCAGCCUCUUCCACCUUCCUUCCAAGCCCUCAUAGCUCUGCAGGGCCUCAGGAGCCCCCAGCCUCUCUCCCUGGUCUCAUCGCCGAGCCUCAGCUCCCACUGAAGGAAACUACUUCAGAUACCUCCCGAACUCCAGAGGAGGAGCCGCUGAACCUGGAAGGGCUGGUAGCCCAUCGGGUAGCAGUGUACAAUGCCAGACUGCAGAGCCUGAGGCAGAGCAGCAGCUCCCGACCCUCUCUCCACCGGCUCCGGUCCGCCUCCCUCUCUAGGGUUCAGGCUCGGGAGAGGCAGCCUGCAGAGCCCCCAGCCCCACUCCGGAGGCGAGCAGCCAGUGAUGGACAGUAUGAGAACCAGUCUCCGGAGGCCACAUCCCCCCGUAGUCCUGGGGUCCGCUCCCCCGUCCAGUGCGUCUCCCCUGAGUUGGCUCUUACCAUUGCCCUCAAUCCUGGAGGGCGCCCCAAAGAGCCCCAUUUGCAUAGCUACAAGGAGGCCUUUGAGGAGAUGGAGGGGACCUCCCCAAGCAGCCCACCACCCAGCGUGGCACGUUCUCCUCCAGGUCUGGCUAAGACACCCCUGUCUGCUCUGGGCCUGAAACCCCACAACCCAGCGGACAUCUUGCUGCACCCCACGGGUGUUGCCAGAAGACUGAUCCAGCCAGAGGAAGAUGAGGGAGAGGAGGUAGCUAAGCCUCCAGAAGAGCCCCGGAGCUAUGUGGAGUCUGUUGCAAGGACAGCAGUGGCAGGCCCUCGAGCUCAGGACGUGGAGCCUAAGAGCUUCAGUGCACCAGCCACUCAUGCCUAUGGCCACGAGACACCCCUGAGAAACGGGACUCCCGGAGGCUCCUUUGUCUCCCCCAGCCCCCUUUCCACAAGCAGUCCCAUCCUCAGUGCUGACAGCACUUCCGUGGGCAGUUUCCCAUCAGCGGGAAGCAGUGACCAGGGUCCCCGGACACCCAUCCAGCCCAUGCUGGACUCCAGCAUUCGCUCAGGCAGCUUGGGGCAGCCGAGCCCUGCAGCCUUGAGUUAUCAGAGCUCCUCACCUGUCCCUGUUGGUGGCAGCAGCUACAGCAGCCCUGACUACUCCCUUCAACCAUUCAGCUCUUCUCCAGAAAGCCAGGGCCAGCCACAUUUCAGUGCGGCCAGCGUCCACAUGGUGCCUGGGAGCCCUCAGGCACGACACAGGACAGUGGGCACCAACACUCCACCUAGUCCCGGCUUUGGCCGGCGGGCCAUCAACCCCACCAUGGCUGCCCCUGGUAGUCCCAGUUUGAGCCACCGACAGGUGAUGGGUCCAUCUGGUCCAGGUUUCCAUGGUAACGUGGUUUCUGGCCACCCAACCAGUGCAACGGUUGCUCCUGGAAGUCCCAGCUUGGGCCGGCACCCAGUGGGAAGCCAUCAAGUUCCAGGUCUCCACAGCGGUGUGGUCACUACUCCAGGGAGCCCAAGCCUGGGCCGACACCCUGGGGCCCACCAAGGGAAUCUGGUCUCCAGUCUCCAUGGCAAUGCAGUCAUUAGCCCUGGGAGCCCCAGUUUGGGCCGGCACCUGGGUGGGUCUGGAUCUGUGGUUCCUGGAAGCCCCAGCUUGGACCGGCAUGUAGCUUAUGGUGGCUACUCUACCCCUGAGGACCGAAGACCAACACUGUCCCGGCAAAGCAGUGCCUCAGGCUACCAGGCUCCUUCCACACCGUCAUUCCCUGUUUCUCCUGCCUACUACCCUGGCCUGAGCAGCCCUGCCACCUCACCCUCGCCAGACUCAGCAGCCUUCCGGCAAGGGAGCCCCACACCAGCCUUACCAGAGAAGCGGAGGAUGUCAGUGGGAGACCGGGCAGGCAGUCUCCCCAACUAUGCUACCAUCAAUGGGAAAGUGUCCUCCUCGCCUGUCGCCAAUGGCAUGGCCAGCCCCAGUGGGAGCAGCACCGUUUCCUUCUCUCACACGCUUCCAGACUUUUCCAAGUACUCGAUGCCAGAUAAUAGUCCGGAGACACGGGCUAAAGUGAAGUUUGUCCAGGAUACUUCCAAGUAUUGGUACAAGCCUGAGAUCUCCAGAGAGCAGGCCAUUGCACUCCUGAAGGAUCAGGAGCCAGGGGCCUUCAUCAUCCGAGACAGCCACUCCUUCCGAGGGGCUUAUGGACUGGCCAUGAAGGUGUCCUCACCCCCUCCAACCAUUACUCAGCAGGGCAAGAAAGGAGACAUGACCCAUGAGCUGGUGAGGCACUUUCUGAUCGAGACAGGCCCUAGAGGAGUCAAGCUCAAGGGCUGUCCCAAUGAGCCAAACUUUGGCUCCCUUUCUGCCCUCGUCUAUCAGCACUCCGUCAUCCCACUGGCCCUGCCCUGUAAGCUGGUCAUUCCAAGCCGAGACCCCACAGAUGAAUCAAAAGAUAGCUCAGGCCCUGCCAACUCAACCACUGACCUGCUGAAGCAAGGAGCAGCUUGCAAUGUGCUCUUCAUCAAUUCUGUGGAUAUGGAGUCACUCACCGGGCCACAGGCAAUUUCCAAAGCCACAUCUGAGACUUUGGCUGCUGACCCCACGCCAGCUGCCACCAUUGUUCACUUCAAGGUCUCUGCCCAAGGAAUCACACUGACUGACAAUCAAAGAAAGCUCUUCUUCAGACGACAUUACCCCCUCAACACUGUCACCUUCUGUGACCUGGAUCCACAAGAAAGGAAGUGGAUGAAGACAGAGGGAGGUGCCCCUGCUAAGCUCUUCGGCUUCGUGGCCCGGAAGCAGGGCAGCACCACAGACAACGCUUGCCACCUCUUCGCAGAGCUUGACCCCAACCAGCCUGCGUCUGCCAUUGUCAACUUCGUCUCCAAGGUCAUGCUGAGUGCUGGCCAAAAGAGAUGAACGAAUCCUGGAGCCCUUGCCCAAGGCUGGGGCACUGGGGACGGGGUGUGUGGGGAGGGAUCUGCGAAUCCUGACCACCUUGAAUCCAGAACGAGGGCUUUGGGUCGACCGUGGAGAAGGAGAGAAGAAAGUGCAAUGCUGGGAGAGGGAAGUGAAUUGUGGAGGGAGGGAGGGGAACAGGAGGAAGAGGAAGGAAGGAAGAAGAGAGGAACUCGAAAUCCCCUGUACAGAUGGAAGCCACACCUCCCAAAGCCUCUCCAGCUAGCUGGGGCCCCUCCCCCUCACCUCCCAAAGCCUCUCCAGCUAGCUGGGGCCCCUCCCCCUCCGAGAGAAUUGAGCUCCCACAGGCACACAGCCCUUGGGGGGACCCUAUUUCAUGGAGCAACAAAAAAGCUCGUUCUCCCUAACGCUCCUGCUUUGAGAAGAAGUCGAACUGAGGCUUCUUCUCUGGAGGUAAGGUUGCUGGUGGCCAGCUUAUGACAUCAAGCAGUGACACUUUUUCACAUUUUGCUCACCCGAGGCACCCCUGGUCUGUGCUUGCUCUGACUCCUUGUUGCAGGGUCCAAAUGUACUCCCACACGCUGAUCGAUACCUGCCUGUGUCCACUCAACUCAGAUUACAAACAGCUCUGCUUUGUCUGUGUCCCCUGUGAUACACAUAUACACACUGCCCAAAGAAGGCUAGGGAUAUAGGGUGGCAGGACCCCCCCCCCCCGGUCAGAUGACAAGCUGUCUCCUGCAGGAGUCUAGCUUAUGGGUACAGAGUUCUCUCCGCACCUGCCCUCUAGUGGCUCUGGGGGCCUCCAGCCUGUCCUCCGCAGAGACUCUGGUACAGAGGGCAUGGCCGCUAGCAGCAUUCGAGCUGUUCUGUCUCCUGGAGACUGAAGUUGGCUUGGAGGAAGAGGUGAUGGCCACAGUCUGGGGAAGAAUACCCGUUAGGAAGGGUGGCAUCUUUUUUUGCGAUGUGGGGCUCACGGUGAAUUGGGCAGGCGCACUGUGCUGUGGGCUCAUGAGUUGGGCAUGCGCACUGACAAUGCCCAGGACUGCCUUACUCCCUUCCCUCAGCCCAAUUCUGGGCCAGCACUAUCCUUGCACUUGCUCAUCUUCUUGAAGCGUACUGGGGGAUAGGGGCCGUGCCUUUCUGACCUAUCCUGUCCUAAAGAGUCCUCAUGUUCGCUUAUCCCAGGAGCCUGCUUCCCGAAGUCCUGCCUAGGGCACCUGGGGGAGCCCCUCCCCUCUGUUUUCCCCUCUGUAAGUGUUUUGGAGUCUGAUAUUGCAGACACUCUCUGUCUGGGCUGCUCAGGGUGACAUCAGAGCACCUCUGGGAAUGCUGCUGGAGAACUACAUGGUCCUCCCACAGUACCAAAGCUUCCCUGUUUCCCCUUCUGCCUCGGUCUCCCCAGCAGAACCAUGCUGUCUGUGGGACAGGGGACAGAAGGUAUGAAUUUAGGCCAAAGGUCCUAUGGUCCAUUUGCGGGGUUGCGAAGGCUCCUGCCACUGCUCGGGCCUCCAUUUAAGCGCAUGGGGGUCCUCAGGGGUGGCAUUGUACUGAUAUAUAAAUAUAUAUAAUAUAUACAUGAGACAUACUGAUAGAAUCUGUAAGCUAAUAAAAAAUAUAAGAAAAAGGUUAAAAAAAGAAUAGGUAAAUUGACAAGAAAUAUUUAUUGUUUUCCCAUAUUGCUUUAUUGUCCCUGGCCACAAACUGUUCCUACCUGUUUUCUAACAGUAAGUAGUGCCUGACCUGCAGGGGGUCUUUAUAUUCCAAACAACCCAGGGCUAGCCUUGGCCUUGGCCCUGGCCUUGGCUGCCCUAGGCUACAUCUGUGGGAUGGCAUGCUCCAGUUCUGGCAAACGGCAGCACAGUUGCCAACAUCCCGUAUGCGUGGACAGCUAGCCACUUCCAACCCCUCAGGCCUGAGCCAGGGUGUAUUUGGAGAUCAGGGUGUGUGUGGCCAUGGUGUGGCGUCUCUUGGAUUGUUUUCCUCCUCCAGGGAGCUUUGACUGUGUGGACAUUGUUUAAGGAGCUAAAGAAGGCCGGUGAGGAUCAGGAGCCCUCACUUCCCAAAGAAUAAAUGGGCUGAGUGAUCAAGGCUCUUCCAAGUGUCCUUCCCUCUGAGAUACUCAAGGCAAAUGUCUGGAUUUCCCAUUUCCUCAUCCCCCUAACGAAUUGUACUUCUCCCCACGAUAGAAGGAGCUGCUUCUCAUCCCUUUCUUUGUAAAUGAAAGACUCCCAUGUAGUCUGGGGAGUCUCCUCCUAGCUGGAAUGUUGUUCACUUGAGCCUUGGAGAAGCAUCAGAGCCUCUGCAUCCUGCCCUGGACCAGACUCAAGUCUAGGAUCAGCCUUCAUGGAUGGUCUCACCUUCCCAUGCUGUGCUCAGGCCCAAGCCACGUGUGAGUCGAGUGAAUGACCAAGGCAGAUGCUAGCAAGCGGGCGCCUCCUUCUCAGCCUGCCUCUAGGAAGAAUGGACACCAGAGUUUGGCUUUUCUGGAAGAAUGGUGGAGGGGACCUCACUUCUCACAGUGGGAACCACACUGUUGUCUGUCCCCUUCCUAAGUGUGAUUCUCACAGAUGGGCUCCUGCACACUCACAUACGUGCGCAUGCACACACACACACACAUACACACAGAGAGACCACAUGCACACAGAGCACUCCGUAUGCAACUCUGUAUUCUUGCCAAAGACUUCCUUUAAACGAGAGCACUUUUACCCACUGCUCUUUUGUGAAUGAUCUGUUUUGUUGUUGUUUAUUGUUGAAUCUCUAUAUCAACAGGGAGAGUGUUGUCCAUUCUUAGACAGGAAUGAAAGAGGGGGAGGGGUGACAGGAGAACAUGGCGGCCAGUGAUGCCCUUAACAAGACCCCUUAGGAACAGCCCAGGUACAAACAGCCUCCGGCCACUCGGAAGAUCUGAGGUUGGAGGUGAGAUGGCAGAGAAGGGCACUGAUGGAGCCAGGAUUGGUGCCUAGGGAAGUCCCCGAUGGCUCUGGGGGUGGGGACAGGUGUGAAGAGCUGGGUUGGAACAGGGUGGACAUGAAGACUGGGAAAAUUAACAGUUGCAUACUGAAGUUGUUACUGUGGACCCCUGGUUACCUUGCCCUGCCAUGUUUUAGGAAAGAAUCCAAAUUUUAGUUUUGAAAGGGGGCAUUUGAGUCUUCUCACCUUACCGAUUCCUAGCAGCUUAGAUAGCCUCAGGCAUGAGUGCCAGGAUUCCUGAUAGGCCCUGGCUUUGGAGAGUCCCUAGGGAUAGCCCCUCUGGGGGUGUAGGGAGGACACUGUGGCUGUGCAUCCCUCUAAUGAGGGGCUUUCAGGAGAGAGAACCCUCCUGCUGCAGGGAAGUGCAGGAGAGACAAGUGAGUGGGCCGCAUCCUCCUGCCUCUGGGUUUUCUUCAUCCUACCUCCCGGGACAUCUGACCCCCUUUUCCCAGCUUCAGAUCUCGGGGAGAUCCAUCUAAGGGAAUCAGCCCUCUCCUGCCUCCAUGGCUUGGGUCCCUGAAGAGCUUGGAACCCAAAGCUAGGGCCCACCCCUGCACUUAGGCCUUGGACGAAGAUCUUGAGACUGGUGUUUCUGUGGUCACUGGUGGACAGGAUGUAUGUGCGUGCGCGUGUGUGUAAGUGUGGGUGUGUGUGCGUGCUCUGCUCAUCUCUAGGGAACUUCGAGGUGGGAAGUGGGAGGUGGGAGGUGGAGGGACCCAGUAGUGAGAAGAACUAGGAGGUGAGGCCUAAUGGGCCGCAGAUUGGUCAUGUUUUGGUGCUGAUGACAGAGGGGCCAGUCCCAGGGGAGGAGGCUUGGCGGGCCACUUUCUUGUCUCCUGUCUCAUCAAACUUGGAGCGUCUCAGUCAUUUUCCAUGCCUGGGCCCCUCACAGCAGCAAGGCCACAGAAGUUCGACACACCCAGUGUGUGUCAGUGUUCACAGUCCAGCCCUCCCUGAGGACCCACAUUUGGCUCGUAUGUGUGUGAGCACGUUGGGGUGCGCAUGAGGUAUCUCCCCAGUCUCUUCCCUUCUGUCACCCGAAUCAAAUGUAAGACGUCCCUCACAUCCUGAUCAUCCCAACUCUGCCUCCCAGGCCCUCUGCUGGGAAACCCAUAUCCGGAGUCCAUGCCCUGCCCCUGCCCCCGGCUGUGUAUUUAUAGAUGGAAAUAUACUUUAUAUUUUGUAUCAUUGUGCCUAUAGCCUCUGCCACCUUGUAUAAACCCUGAUGUAUGCUAAGUGUUCUGGACAUGAAUGUAUGUACACUGAUGCUGUCCCCUCUGUACAGCUGCUUACUCUCACCAUCCAUGUAUGGCUUUAUAAAGGAUAAAGUUAAACACAAA